AGUUAUUCCAGGACUUGCUGUACACACGUCUAGGUUAGAGUUUUUAUUCAAUGGCAUCUUCCAUGAAUUCUUUAUGCUAUAUAAAAUAGAUGAUAUUAUAUUAUGAUGUUAAACUCUUCCUCUCUGUUUCGCUGAGCAUCGCCAAUGUCCACACUGUGGAUUUCUACACUUGCGAUGUAUGGGACCAGUUCAUGGCUGUGACACCCGUGGAGGUCUUGACAGAGAUCACUUUGAAUGGUGACCACAAGAGGGCGUCAGAACGUUACUUAAAUCAUGGCAAUGGUACACCAAGAAGAUCAUCUUCGGUUUCUGUGAUGAUAGUAAGCGCCUUGUGCAUGUGGCUGAGCUCUUGGAGGCUGCCCAUGCCCACUCCCUGCCUGGCCUUGGGCACAGAGCUACUGCAAUCCCUCAGACACACUGACAACGCCCAACCCCUGGAGGAAGUUCCAGCUGCUGUGGUGGAGACUGAUGAGUUUAUGAACUCCAAGAAGUCCCACGAGGUGCAGGCCAUGUCAGAGGUGGUGGCCAGCCUAGCCCAGCACUGCCAAGUCAAACAGGUGUACGGCAUCGACUCAUCCAGCGUUAACACACACGGCGCCCAGGAGAGGAACAGGAAGCUCAAGAAGUACUCCCGGGCCUACCAGAGGCACAGCAAAGGCAAUAGGACUCAGACAGUGGUGCCCCCUUCAGGCCAGGAGGACUUGGAGGAUAUGGUUAAGAUGAGUGGGGAUGCAGAGAAGGAUGUGGGGAAGGGGAGGAGAGACAGGGGGCCGCAGACCAACACAACAGGUUUAACAGAUGAAAUGACAUCACUUACCUCCGCCAUUUUGUUAGAGGACAAUUCCCUUCCAGAGUUGGACCAAAGUGACCCAGCCUCAGCUCCAGAGGAUCCCUUCCUCAGUGCCCUGUGUGUGGGCAUAGUGGAGCCCACCUCCCCCCGGGUUCCCCCCAGUGAGCUGAGCCUAGAGGAGAGGGAGAGGAGGAAGAGGGAGAACCUGGAGAGGAAGGCCAGGAGCUGGGUUAACAGUGGUGGCAUGGGCGGCGGCAUCCUGUACUCACCUCUGACCUCCUACGUUACCGCGGAGACGGAGCUCAAAGAGAUUAUUGGGGAGUUAGAGGAUGCGGUCAUGGUUGGCCUGCACACGUGUGGAGACCUGGAGCCCAGCACCCUGCGCAUGUUUGUGGCCAAACGGGAGCUCCUCUCCGUCUGCAGUGUUGGCUGUUGCUACCACCUUCUCUCUGAGGAGUUUGAUCCCACCAGACAAGAGUGUCCAAGCAGCAGCGUGUGUGGUUUCCCCCUGAGUGGCUACCUGAGGGAGCAGUCCUGGUUCUGUGGCAGAAAUGCCAGGAUGUCGGCGUGUCUGGCUUUGGAGAGAGUUGCCAAGGGCCAAGGGAUUCAGAUGGAGUCACUCUUCUAUAGGGCCGUGCUCCAUGUGAUUCUAAGGGACCACUACAGCUCCUUUAAAAGCGAGAAGCGUGUGGGGAACGUCUACUCCAAGGCCACCUCGUUCGUGGCCUACGUCUGGAGAGCACUCCGGAGGCUGGAGCUGGAUGAGUCAAAGCUCUCUGACGGUGUCAUACAGAGUUACCACGACACAUACCGACCCAGGAUGGUUGAGAUGGAGGCCUUUAACAUGCUGAAGGUGACUUUGGCUCCCUGUAUCGAAGGCCUGAUUCUCCUGGACCGCCUCUGCUACCUGAAAGAACAGGUCUUGAUGAUUUGCUUGUCCCGGACAUUAAAGGAGCUUUGCGACUCGUUACAUUUCCCCGACGACAGAUCACGAAGACGUGGCGUUCUCCGCUCUGGUGCAGCUCUUUGAUCUGCUGUUGUCGCCGCGCUGUUACAGAGUUGUCGGAGGGAAGGCACCUGGGACGGAGUUGUCGGAGUGAA